GUCGAGAGUCUCCUCAGUCUCCCGCCGGCGCCGCCUCCUCUCCUGCUCCGCUCCGCUUCUGAAGACAGACUCAGACAGCGGAAACUUCUGCAAGGGGGACGCGGGAAGGGCAACAGAGAGGAGUCUAGACCUAACAUUGCUGCUGAGCCCCUUGGGAGAUCCACCAGGCUGUUUCCUACUUCUAUGAGGACGUCUCCAGGAUCCAUCACCACUAACUGACUGACACACUGAAGAGGCUGCCAUGUCUGUCUGAACUCUCAGCUCUUCCUGCAGCCAUGGCCCAACAGAGCGCUGAGCUGUCCCACUGCUAGGCGACGGGGCAUCCGAGAGGGCAGGAGACAUGUUGGGACAGAGGCCCGGAAACCACUGCACUGAAUACAGUUACUAUAGCAACUACUGUAGUAACCAUGGAAAUGCUACGGAGGACUGGUCUGGUCUGCACUGUCAUCAUUGUCGUCAUGGUUGCCACCGAGGUCGCAGGAGGUCACAGAGAUGAGUUUGCUCAAUCACAAGCUGCCUUCCUGUCCAGUCUAGGACAGUAUGAGAUCGCCAUCCCUGUACGUGUAGGACCUAAUGGCGAGACGCUGGACGCAGAAACACCUCAACACCACCGCAGAAGACGGCGCAGCACUGAAGACAGGCUGCCUGACUCUCUCUUCUACCAGCUGUCCACGUCACGUAACAACUUCCUGUUGAACCUGACGCUGCAGGGAGGCCUGCUGUCCCGGCAGUUCAGGGUGGAGUACUGGAAGAGGGGUCGAUUAGCCUGGAGUCACCCUUACUCUCCCCACUGCCACUACAUAGGACACCUCCAAGACCAGCCGCACUCCAGUAAAGUGGCCCUGAGCAAUUGUAAUGGCCUGCAGGGGGUGAUUGUUGCAGGGGGAGAGGAGUACCUGAUUGAACCCCUUCUCUCACCAGAUAACCAGACCAGGACGGACAGGGGGGAGAGAGCAGAGGGGCGCCCCCAUGUGGUUUACAAGCGGUCAUCGCUUCGCCAUCAGUACAAAGGCCUAUCCUGUGGAGUCAUUGAUGAAAAGCCAAUGAAGGGUGCGUCAUGGUGGCAACGGACGCUGAAGACCCCUCCCCAUCACGUCGGCCGCGGCCAGCUACCUCUAAAGCGCUCGGUUAGCCGGGAGCGCUACGUGGAGACGCUGGUGGUAGCCGACAAGAUGAUGGUGGGUUACCAUGGUCGCAGGGACAUCGAGCAGUACAUCCUGGCUGUCAUGAAUAUUGUUGCCAAACUGUUCCAGGAUUCUAGCCUGGGGAAUGCAGUCAACAUUGUGGUGACACGGCUCAUCCUGCUCAUGGAAGACCAACCGACACUAGAGAUCAACCACCAUGCAGGGAAGUCUUUAGACAGCUUCUGUAAGUGGCAGAAAACCAUCCAACACCGGAGCAGCUAUGGGAACGCCAUACCAGACAAUGGGAUCGCUCACCAUGACACUGCUGUGCUUAUCACAAGGUAUGACAUCUGCAUCCAAAAAAACAAGCCCUGUGAAACUCUAGGUCUGGCUCCCGUAGGAGGAAUGUGUGAGCCAGAGAGGAGCUGCAGCAUCAAUGAGGACAUUGGCCUGGGCACAGCUUUUACAAUCGCCCAUGAGAUAGGACACACGUUUGGGAUGAACCAUGACGGUAUGGGAAACGCCUGUGGCCCCCGCAGCCAGGAGACCGCCAAGCUGAUGGCUGACCACAUAACCAUGAAGACAAACCCGUUCAUCUGGUCGGCCUGUAGCCGCGAUUACAUCACCAGCUUCCUGGACUCAGGUAUGGGCUCCUGUCUAAACAACGUCCCCCCCAAGCAGGAGUUUGUGUACCCCACCACAGCCCCCGGUCAGGCCUACGAUGCAGACGAACAGUGCCGCUUCCAGUACGGCGUCAGAUCUCGACAGUGUAAAUAUGCGGAAGUCUGCAGUGAACUUUGGUGCAUGAGUAAGAGCAACCGUUGCAUCACCAGCAGCAUUCCCGCUGCAGAGGGAACCAUCUGUCAGACCAACACGAUAGAGAAAGGGUGGUGCUACAAGAGGGUGUGUGUGGCUUAUGGGACUCGUCCGGAGGGCGUGGACGGUGGCUGGGGGUUGUGGUCAACGUGGGAGGAGUGCAGCAGGACGUGUGGAGGUGGAGUCUCCUCUUCUGUCAGACACUGCGACAGCCCCAGGCCAACCAUUGGUGGAAAGUAUUGUCUAGGGGAGAGAAAGCGCUUCAGGUCCUGCAAUAUUGACGAGUGCCCUGCAGGCUCUCGGGAUUUCAGGGAGAUUCAGUGCUCCGACUUUGACAGCGUUCCUUUCCGGGGAAAAUUUUACACCUGGAAGCCAUACAGAGGGGGUGGGGUGAAGCCCUGCUCUCUUAAUUGCCUGGCGGAGGGUUACAACUUCUACACAGAGCGUGCUCCAGCUGUGGUGGAUGGCACACCUUGCCGAGAUGACUCUCUGGAUGUGUGUGUAAAUGGAGAGUGUAAGCAUGUAGGCUGUGAUCGCAUCCUCGGCUCAGACGUUCGCGAGGACCGCUGCCGGAUCUGUGGGGGGGACGGGAGCAGCUGCAUGUCUGUGGAGGGACUCUUCAACGACUCGCUACCCGAAGGAGGUUAUGAAGAAGUGGUCAGAAUUCCCAAAGGAUCAGUGUUCAUCCACAUACAAGAGCUCAACAUCUCCCUCAACUACCUUGUGCUGAAGAGUAAAGGUGACCAGUAUUUUAUCAAUGGGAAGCUGACCAUUGACACGCCGCGCAGGUUCGAUAUCGCCGGUACAACCUUCCACUACAGGCGGCCCACUGACGGGCCAGAAACUCUUGAAGCUCUGGGGCCAACAAACAUAACCCUUGUUGUCAUGGUGCUUGUGAGGGAGGAGAACCCAGGGAUCCACUAUCGUUUCAACCCCCCACUCAACAGGGAUCCUCUGAGCGGCUUUGCCUGGUACUACACCCCCUGGUCACGCUGCUCAGCUCUCUGCGCUGGAGGUGUGCAGAUCCAGCAGGUGGUGUGUAAGAAGCAGGCAGAUCAUUCAGUCGUCUACAACCACUUCUGUGACAAGAAGAACAAACCCAAAGAGAAGAGGAGAUCCUGCAAUACUGAGCCGUGCUCCCCAACGUGGUGGACAGGAGAGUGGUCGGAGUGCAGUCGCAGCUGUAACGGCGGCCUGCGGACCCGGGAGGUUUUAUGUAAAAGGAGGAUCUCUGCGUCAGAGGAGAAAAUCCUGGAUGACUCAGCCUGUACCCCAGCGCGCCCCUCACUCACUGAGCCCUGCAGCAACCACAGCUGCCCCCCUGAAUGGCUGGCCCUGGACUGGUCAGAGUGCACACCCAGCUGUGGUCCUGGCUACAGGCACCGUGUGGUCUUGUGUAAGAGUGGGGAGAGCGGUGACACGCUGCCAGAGUCCAGGUGCCCCAAGCACGGGCGGCCCACCUCCAGGGUGCGCUGUAACCUGCAGCGCUGCCCUCCUCCUCAGUGGGUGAUGGGUCCCUGGGGAGAGUGUUCGGCCAAGUGCGGUCUGGGUCAGGAGAUGCGUUCAGUUCAGUGUCUGACCCACACUGGCCAGCCAUCCAAUGAGUGUCUGGAGCAUCAUCGACCAGCAGCCAUGCAGCAGUGCAAGAGCAAAUGUGACCUCAGUCUGCCCAUCAGUACAGACAACCCCGAAGGCCAUAUGUCAGAGGAUCUCAGGAAGUCUUUGAACAAUAAAGAGUGUAAAGAUGUGAACACUGUGGCCUACUGCCCCCUGGUGCUCAGGUUCAAGUUCUGCAGCCGGCCAUAUUUCAGACAAAUGUGCUGCAAGACCUGCCAGGGACACUGACACCAUGAAACACACAGCAUCCGUCUUUGGGUCCUGUACACACUCACACACAGUAAGCCUGAAACCCUCCCACUGAGCCGUGUGACAGCAGCCCUCACGCUACCUCCGUCAGAGGAGUUCGAGAUCUAACUGGGAUGCUGUCGGACUGACCUGGUCCUGCAUCUGGUCAGGGGGACCUUUUUCCAGCCAGAAUCCAGACCAGACCAGACCAGAUCAGACGCCGCUCUGGGCCGCGCUGGUCCACAACAGCCUGAGCUGAGUUUAUACAUUCCACUGGAGGGAGGGCUGCUGAAACCUGGAGAGGCAGAGAGAGGGAGAGAGUAACUUUCCUCCAUCGUCUUUUAGGAUGAACCCUCUCUCUCUGUCUCUCUAAACGAUCCCUCCGUUGUAAUAUUUUGGUGCUACUUACAUUUCACUUUGGCCGCAGGACUGGUCGCAGUACUCUGAGUUCGUCUUCGCUUCAGUGGCCUGAAAUUCUCAAACCUGUAUGUUAACAGGUGAUAUCUGUUUAUUCAUGAAUUAUAAAAAAAAAAAAUCCACUUAGUAAAGAAAAAUGAUUUUCCGGAUAUCAUUGCCCAUGAAAAGGAAUAUCUUAUAUUAUGAAGUGAAAGAUUUAUCUCUAUGUUAUCGGAUAGUUGUUACUUGACUGCGUUGUUUUCUGCUAUUGCUUUGUUCCGUAUCAUCGUUAUUACCAAGUCCUCGCUGUUGUUCAGCUGAAGUAUGAGCAGAGUUUGAUUUGCACAAAGUGUCAGCAGCCAGAGGACAUGUGUAUUUUUUGUUUGUCCCGAUGUGAUUUGACUUGAUGUCUCCAUGGAAGCUAUAAUUCUCUCAGUGCAGUGAACCUGCCAUUGUCUUGCCACUUUGGUCAGUUCGCUUGCAUAUUAUCACCUCUGCAGUAAAACAGUGCUUCAUGCUGCACACUGCCUUAAGUAAUGUGAGCAAAGCCAAUGCUCACGUCACCAGGACUUUUUCACAUGAUAGGAUGUUAUGUUGUGCUGUGGCUGCGGACUGUGGCAUAAAGUCUUCGAAAAGGAACUUUAACAGCUCGGCUCAGUGUCAUUAUCUGAAAAUCCCUCAGCGCGGGCAUUGCUGUUGGUUUUUGUUUUGUUUUUUUUUUGGUUUUUUUUGCUGUUUUGAGGUGGGUUUAUUUUUGCCACAUGUUACCACUCACACGCCAGUGCUAGUAACUUUUAUUGUGGGUGGAAAUUCAGAGCACAGUGAGACACGGUGAGUCAGCUCUGCCAGCAGGAACAGGCCCAGUGCAGAGAGUGAAGACCUCUGACCGCACUGCUUUCAAAGAGCGUUUUAUAGUCAGAGCGCUAAUCUGAGGAUGGAUUUACACACACAUAAAAUAUCGGUUUUCAUCGUGGCACUGAUCUGAUGUGUUCAUGGCUGUCUGAAACCAUCAUUCAGACUGCUGUGAAGAGAUUUCUGCCACACAGUUUUCAAGUUUAUCUUCCAGUGUGUUAAUGUUAAACCUGCAGUAACUGAUUUUUUUUUUUGCCACUGGGUUGUUUGGAAACAAGUUGUAAGCACAACAUUGACAUAUUAUCACCUUUCGAAUUGAUAUGGUGAAGUAAGCAAACAAUUUACACAUCCAACGGUGACAGAGCAACUCAUUCACACCAAUCUCUUAGUUUUCUGACAGUAUCUUACGUGAUUGUGACGCUAUUUCGGUGACAAAAUCUGUCCAC